GAAAGUACGAAAGAGAUUUUACUCAUAAUGCAAUAUGCUGAUAGUGGAAAUUUACGGCAAUAUCUUAAACAAAAGUUUUUAGAAUUAACUUGGGAUGAUAAAAUAAAAUUGGCUUAUCAAAUUACUGAAGGGAUAAAAUAUCUUCAAGGAGAAAAUAUUCUUCAUCGAGAUUUACACUCUGGAAAUAUAGUGAUACAUCGCGGAGAAGCUAAGAUUAUUGAUCUUGGUAUUGCAAAAACUACAGAAACUCAAGCGGAUCUUUAUUCGGGUGUAUUUGGGUCAAUUCCAUAUAUUGAUCCUAAACGAUUAGAGAAUUAUUUGUAUGAAUACAAUGAAAAGUCUGAUAUUUAUAGUUUAGGAGUUCUUAUAUGGGAACUAUCUAGUGGUAGACCACCUUUUACCGAUAAAAUUAUUAGUGGAAAUCUUUUAAUAAUUGAUUUAAUAAAUGGUCUUAGAGAAGAACCAGUACCUUGUACACCUGAUGAAUACUUGAAAUUAUAUAAAUUAUGUUGGGAUGAUGAUCCAGAUAUAAGACCAACUAUUUAUGAAGUUUUAAAUACACUAGUUAGAUUAGGAAGAAUGAGAGGUAUUCAAGGCUUCCGAGAUAUCAGAUAUGAAGAUAAUGAUAUGCAAGGUUAG